CCACAGACAACAAUUUCCUUUGAUCAACCCACCUCCUCCUCUCUCUGUAUAAAAUUGUAAUCCUCUGAUUCAUCCAAAGCCAACAGCCUCUCAUUAAUGGCGUCCUCUAACGAAACCCAGAAAUAUUCUCACCUCAUCACAUCACUUGUCUUCUUCUCAUCUAUUUCGCUUUCUUCAGCUAGGCUUCUCAAUGGUCAUCCGUCAGCUACACGACCAACCUCCAACCUUGCCCUUCAUGUUGCCUUCGACGGCUCCGACAAACCGGAGCUGGAUCCUAAGUCGACAGCUCUCCCGUUUGAGCAUAUGGUUCUGAGGUCGCCGACUCAAAAACUGGCCGGAAAGUAUGGGCCAAUGUUUCUCGGCAUGCUUCCCAAGGGCGGAAAUGUGCCGUCGUCUGGACCUAGCAAAAGAAGCAAUGACAUCAAAACCUAGGUCAACCAAGGCAAAUUAAAUCCCA